AUGACAUCGUGCUGCGGGGCUGCCCCUGGAACAGAUCCUAACAAUCUUGCCCCAGCCGCUCCAGCGACCGGCGAAGAUGGAGAAAUCGUGGGAGGACCAAGAACGCCCCAACAAAUUGCUGCACAGAAACGACUCCAACAGACACAAGCGCAAGUUGACGAGGUUGUUGAUAUCAUGAAAACAAAUGUUGAAAAAGUGUUAGAGCGAGAUCAAAAGCUUUCGGAGUUGGACGACAGAGCUGAUGCACUUCAGCAAGGUGCUUCGCAAUUUGAGCAGCAGGCAGGUAAACUCAAAAGAAAGUUCUGGUUACAAAAUCUGAAGAUGAUGAUCAUAAUGGGAGUAAUUGGACUGAUCAUAGUUGCAUACAUUGGAUCGAAAUUCAUGGGUGAUGACAAGCCACAAGGGUAUGGAUAUCCACCGCCCAAUUAUAAUAAUAUGCCACCACCACAGCAGAAUGUGGCACCCCAAACUGCUGUUGCUGGAAGUGCUGGUACUGGUGCAAAAUCUUUCUUCCCAAUUUACGAUUCAAAUCGAUUCUUUCGGGUUUAAAAAGUUCCCAUUCCUUUCAAUUACCCGAUGAUGAAUUAAUAUGUUUGUCUAAUAACUUUUUCUUUCCUUUCGAAACAAAUUGAAAAAGAAUUAAUCACAAAUAUCUACCUAGAAGAAAAAAAGAAAUACGAAUGACAAGUUUUAAAUUGAAUUAAACUAUUAACACACACAAUUACAUAGACACACCAUACAAUAAGCAACUGGAUAACGUUCAUAUAAACAUGGAUCCUUUCACUUCAUUCUGUUAUAUGUGAGAAAAAGAGAAAAAAUAUGUGAAUUGUAGUGGAAAGUGUUCGUUUCAAAAUUUUCCUCAAAAUUUCGAAGAAUCUUUUUCUUCUUCCAGCAAAAUAAUAAUUAAUUUUUAUGACCGACUUUUUCGCCGAAAGCAGAAGAAAAAUCAAGAGAAAAAAUGAAAAUUUUAUGCAAUAAGAAAUAAUUAAAACUUAUAAAGAAUCGACAAUGAUAUAAUGGAAGUUAAGAUAAAAGAUCAACUUUAGUUAAAGAUACCUUUUUAACAUCAAGACGAAUACAUAAGUUUCGGAACAGAAAAAAAAUUAUGAGAGAUAAUUAAAUAAUGCAGAAAAAACAAUUAUGAUAAACUAUAAUAUCAUAAUCUAUCAUAUGAGUAUGAAAAAUCACAAGCUAAUUGUUACAUGAAUAUUUAUCUUUUAAAAGAAUAUAGACUUUAAAGAAAAAUUAUAAAAGAAACGAUGGAAAAAUGUGGAAACGUCAAGAAACGUAAAUAGAUUUAGCUUCUUCUGUAAAGAAAUGAAGACAACACAUUCCUAAAUCAUAAUUAAAGUUAAAAAAGAGAAAUGAAGUGUUUUAUGUUUGGGGCAGGCGUGUCAAGUCAAGUGAUUUCUUUAUAUUCAUUCGUUUAGUUAUAUAACAUAUAUUUUCUUCAAAUAUCUAAUGAUGCUUAUUGAGGUGGAGAAAACUUUAUAAAAAUUUCUCCAAGUUAUCCAUUUGAAUGUUCAGCAGGUCAGAAGGAAAAGUUUUAAAAUUGUUCGUUCCUAAGACUUAGUUGUCAGUUCUUUUGGAAACUUUUGAAAAUUCGGAACAAUUGUAACACCAUCUUAAUGAGAAAAUAAUAGCGUUUAGAAUCACUAUCAUUGCCUCAAUUCAAGAAUGUAAAGAUAAAAAAUUGAUUAACAGAGGAAUAUUGCAUGUAAUUUAUUAUUAUGAUGAAAUAUUUAUGGAAAACAUAAGGCAAAUGAUGAUACUAUACUGCAACACUCUAGGUUAAAAAGACAAAACUCAUCAAAGAGACAACUACAAUGAAUGUAUAAAUAAGUAACAAAAUUUGGCGAUUAAUAUUACAAGAUUUAUUUAUGUUCUUCACUUUGAUAGAGUUAUGUUUUGAUAGUUUCUUCAUACAUAUAUUUAUCUUGUUUCACCCUUCAAAACUAUGCCUCGAUUCUGUCUACUUUUAUUAAAAAAUUUGUUGUUCGCUGCCUUUUCCGCCUAACGCAAAACUUAAAUAGUAAUCUUUAUCUUUAAAAAUUAUGCAAAAAAAAUGUCAGUUUCUCAGAAAUUAAAACGCGCUUCUCUCUUAUCAUUUGUAUAUUCUCCAGGAAAAAAUUAAGAAGAGAAACAAAUUAAUCAUGCAAUUUUGAAAAAUUGUGAAAUGUAUUAAUGAAAAUAUUAUUAUAGCGAAUUGUAAUUUUAAUUAAAUUUCAAUAAAAUGAUCAACUAUAAAUAAAA